UAAGACAAGAACUCUUGCUUCUGUUUUUGGCAGAAUUAAGAUAGUCCCAUGAUUGCAAUACAUUAAACAAAAAAAAUUUCAAUUUGGAUCAGCCAAUUUUAUUUGGAAAUAAAGCAGUGAUAGAGAACUACAAGAUGGAUAGAGGAAAAAGAAGAGGUGAAGAUUCAGAAGAUGACGAAUUUAAGGUUGAAGAUGUUCAAGAAAGUUCCAACUCCAAGAAAUUAGCCUCUAAUUGGAAGAAUCGCUUCAAGCUUUUGAGGAACUACUCUAGUCUUGACACCAAUAAUGUUAGUGUUAGAAAUGGAGAUCAAGGGAGAGACAGUACGAGCAGGGGACGUAGAGAUCACUGCUAUGGAUUUGUUAUUCAUCCCGAUAAUUGGUGGUACCUGUUGUGGACUCAAUUCAUUCUGAUAUGGGCGAUUUACUCCUCCUUCUUCACUCCCAUGGAGUUUGGGUUUUUCAGAGGACUCCCCGAAAAUCUGUUCCUACUGGACAUUGCCGGCCAAAUUGCUUUCCUCAUCGACAUCGUCGUUCUCUUUUUUGUUGCGUAUCGAGACGCUCAUUCUUACUGCAUGGUCUACGACCGUAAACUCAUUGCCCUUCGGUACUUGAAAUCUCGUUUCCUGGUGGACUUGCUAGGUUGCUUCCCAUGGGAUGCUAUAUACAAGGCUUGUGGAAGAAAGGAGCCAGUUAGAUACCUCUUAUGGAUUAGGCUAAGCCGAGCCCUUAGAGUGACAGAGUUUUUUGAAAAGCUGGAGAAAGACAUCCGUCUAAAUUAUCUGUUUACAAGGAUUGUGAAGUUAUUAGCUGUCGAAGUAUACUGCACUCACACAGCUGCUUGUAUUUUUUACUAUCUGGCUACUACAUUGCCUCCAUGGGAAGAAGGUUACACGUGGAUAGGAAGCCUGAAGAUGGGUGACUAUAGUUAUGCACAUUUCCGAGACAUUGAUCUUUGGACUCGCUAUAUCACAUCUUUGUACUUUGCCAUUGUCACCAUGGCAACUGUUGGUUAUGGAGAAAUUCAUGCAGUCAAUACCAAGGAAAUGAUAUUUGUAAUGAUUUAUGUCUCUUUUGACAUGAUUCUUGGUGCCUACCUACUUGGUAAUAUGGCAGCAUUAAUUGUAAAAGGAUCCAAAACUGAAAAGUUCAGGGAUAAAAUGGCAGAUCUUAUAAAGUAUAUGAACAGAAACAAGCUGGGAAAGCGCAUAAGCAAAGAGAUCAAAGAUCAUGUCAGAUUACAGUAUGAGAGCCGGUAUAAUGAGUCUUCUGUUCUUCAGGAUAUUCCUGCUUCAAUUCGAGCUAAGAUUUCGCAAAAGCUGUAUGAGCCCUACAUCAGAGGAGUCCCACUUUUCAGAGGUUGCUCGCAUGAAUUUAUCAAACAGAUUGCAAUCAAAGUACAUGAAGAAUUUUUCCUUCCAGGGGAAGUGAUUAUGGAACAGGGUAGCAUGGCAGAUCAACUGUAUUUUGUCUGUCAUGGUAAAGUGGUAUGGUUUCCAUCUCUUGAAUUCCAUUGUCAUACUAAACGAUAUGCUAAGGGAAGAUUGUUAAACCUAGGCAGAGAAAUAAAAUGGAAGCAGCAGCAGCUGUAGCAAUUAGCUUUAAUUUAGAAGCAGAUACGUUUUAUUUACAUUGAUAGGCACAAUCGCUACAGAAGUAAAGUCCAACAAAGACAAAAAUAAAGGAGAAUACAAGAAGAAGGAAAAGGGAGAACAAAGAAAUGGACAGCUGAAGAAUUUUGGCAUGGAAGUUUCUGUUCCCUCCUCCCCUACACCCUGAAUAUCGUCAUCUGCAGUAAUGUUGAGAAAGUUCGUCUCAGUGUUAAAAAGUAGGCCUUUUUUUUUGUCUUUGAUACUCGAGGAAGGUUGUGUACUUCAUUUUUGGCAUUUCAAAAUAUAGAAUAUUUACAAGUUGGAAAAUUCCGAGGCAAAGAAAUUGGAAGAAAGGUAGACAUGGAGAUAGACAAAGAAGGUUGGCGUAGUCUCCUAGGAUAUAAUGAAAUCACAUCCGUUUUGCAUUUUUGUUCAC